AUUCUGCUUUUCUUCUUCUUCUUUCUUCCCGCUGCAGCCACCCGAAGGAAAAAAAAAAAGAAAGGGAACCCAGCCAGCCUUUGAGAAAUUGGUGAGAUAAGCUUGGUUUUCUCCUUCGUUUCUUGUUCUAGAACCCAUAAAGAACCCAGAAACCUUCUUCCCCUGCUGGAAAAGCCGGAUCUGCCCUGCUCUGCUUUGUCCUUCCGCCGGCUGCUCUUGAUUGUGGGUGAUUUCUGGGCAUUUUUUGCGGUAAGAACAGCCCCUAAUUCCUUUGUUCUUGCUUGAAUUGGCUUGGGUUAACUUUGAUUGCUCUUAUUUUCUCCAAUUUUUGGGUAAACCCGUGAGCUUUCCCUGCAGCUUGCCGCCGGCCUUUUCCCUCAACCUGCAGUCCGGUUUUGCUUGCAAAUUCUGGUUCUUGAUCGUCCUGUCAGUUUAGUACGUGAAUUGAGUGCUCGGUUUUAUGCAAGUGAGAAAGUGAAACCGAGGACGGGAAACCACGGGAAGUGACGAGUUAGAAGGCUAGCCAUAUUGUAAUUGGAUAUAAAUUUUAGAUAUGAAUCAUGAUCUUGUAUUUGGAGAUUUUAUGAUAUCAGAGUAAAUUUUAAAGAUUUGAUCUUCGGAUUUUGAUGGUAUCAGAGUGUGAUAUGAUAAGUUCCGAGCCUUGUGCACUUGUGGGACUCGUCUCACGAGUGUACGGCGUCUGUCGCGCCUCGAAUUUGGGUUUUGGUGCGUGACAUAUAUGCUAUAAUUAUCAUUUUAAAAUAAGGGUGAAAUAAAAAUAAGUAUUGAAU